CGGACGCGCGGGGAGGCCGAAACUUUCUCUGCCCGCCUGGUCCAGCUAGCCAGAGCCGCGAGUUGUGGCGGCGCCGCGGGACCCGCUCGGCCGGCGGCUCUGCUAAGACAACCGGGAACACACUGCGAAACACACUGAAAAAAAAUUCUCAAGUCAGUCCGAGGCUCAAGGGGGCAGGUCUACAGCUCUCCCAGGUUCUGUGAGGCUUCUGCUAUGACCGCAGCUUCUUCUUGGUACCAGGACUGCCCCUUACUGCUGCAGCCACACCAGAUCCCUGCUCUGCCCUGUCUGUCUUUAGCCCCAAGUCAGCAUGGGUAGUGUCAGUAGCCUCAUUUCUGGCCACAGCUUCCAUGGCAAGCACUGCCGGGCUUCACGGUACAAGCUGGGCAAGUCCUCCCAUCUCAAGAAACUCAAUCGAUAUUCAGAUGGGCUUCUGAGAUUUGGCUUCUCCCAGGACUCAGGCCAUGGCAAGUCCAGCUCCAAAAUGGGAAAGAGUGAAGACUUCUUCUACAUCAAGGUCAGCCAGAAAGCCCGGGGCUCCCACCACCCAGAUUACACUGCACUGUCUAGUGGGGACAUAGGCGGCCAGGCUGGGGUGGACUUUGGCCCGUCCACCCCACCCAAGCUUAUGCCCUUCUCCAGUCAGCUAGAAAUGGGGUCAGAGAAAGGUGCAGUGAGGCCCACAGCAUUCAAGCCUGUGCUGCCACGGUCAGGAGCCAUCCUCCACUCAUCCCCUGAGAGCGCCAGCCACCAGCUGCACCCUGCCCCUCCAGACAAGCCCAAGGAACAGGAUCCAAAGCCCAGCCUGUGCUCUGGGGCACUGUCUGACUCUGGCCGGAACUCCAUGUCUAGCCUGCCCACACACAGCACCAGCAGCAGCUACCAGUUGGAUCCACUGGUUACACCAGUGGGGCCCACCAGCCGUUUUGGGGGCUCAGCCCACAAUAUCACCCAGGGCAUCAUCCUCCAGGACAGCAACAUGAUGAGUCUGAAGGCUCUGUCUUUCUCCGAUGGGGGCAGCAAGCUGGCCCACCCAAGCAAGGCAGACAAGGCUUCCUCAUGCAUCCGCUCCCCCAUCUCCACAGAUGAGUGCAGCAUCCAGGAGCUUGAGCAGAAGCUGCUGGAGAGGGAGGGAGCACUCCAGAAGCUGCAGCGUAGCCUUGAGGAGAAGGAGCUGGCCUCCAGUCAGGCUUAUGAAGAGCGGCAGUGGCGCUGCAAGGAGGAGCUGGAUGGCCUGGAGCAGAAGUGCAGUGGCAAGUUGAAGCAAGCCUCACAGAAGAGCCAGCGCACACAGCAGGUGCUGCACCUCCAGGUGCUCCAGCUCCAGCAGGAGAAGAGGCAGCUCCGGCAGGAGCUUGAGAGCCUCAUGAAGGAACAGGACCUGCUGGAGACCAAGCUCAAGUCCUAUGAGAAGGAGAAGACCAGCUUUGCCCCUGCACUGGAAGAGACUCAGUGGGAGGUGUGCCAGAAGUCGGGUGAAAUCUCUCUUCUGAAGCAGCAGCUGAAGGAGUCCCAGACAGAAAUCAACACCAAGGCUAGUGAGAUCCUUAGUCUGAAGGCACAGCUGAAGGACACACGGGGCAAACUGGAGGGCAUGGAGCUGAAGACUCAGGAUUUAGAGAGUGCUCUGCGCACCAAGGGCCUGGAGCUAGAGGUCUGUGAGAAUGAGCUUCAGCGCAAGAAAAAUGAGUCCGAGCUUCUCCGAGAGAAGGUGAACCUGCUGGAGCAGGAGCUGCUGGAGCUGCGGGCCCAGGCUGCCUUGCAGCGGGAAGCUGUGUCUCUGGGGCCAGGGCUAGGGCCAGGGCCUGGGACUACCUUCUCUGAGGACAUCCCCGCCCUGCAGCGGGAGUUGGAGCGGCUGCGUGCAGAGCUCAAGGAGGAGCGGCAAGGCCAUGACCAGAUGUCCUCAGGCUUCCAGCAUGAGCGGCUGGUGUGGAAGGAGGAGAAGGAGAAGGUGAUCCAGUACCAGAAGCAGCUACAGCAGAACUACCUGGCCAUGUACCAGCGGAAUCAGCGCCUGGAGAAGGCCCUGCAGCAGCUGGCCCAUGGGGACGGUGCAGGGGAGGCCUUUGAAAUUGACCUUGAAGGGGCCGACAUCCCCUACGAGGAUAUCAUAGCCACUGAGAUCUGAGGGGCCUCCUGGGAGAGGGAGAGCCUGGGACCUGACAUUGGGAGGCAGGGGUACAGAGCCUGUAAAGGAGGGCUCCUCUCCCCACUACCCUGCUCAAUAACUCAUGUCUCUGAGAGAAGCCUUCCCCAAGGCACAGACCUGGGACCCAACAGGGGAGGAGAGAGAAGGAGAAGGACUGCUACAUGACUUUUCCAACCCUUGCCCACAUUCCAGCAUAUACCAUCCCUCCAGCCCACCAGACCUCUAGCUUUCCCAACAGAUGCAUCCAGGGAUCUCCGUCAUUUGGUUAAUAGAUCCCUAAACCUUGCCCUUUGUUUAAAAAUAUUUAGACCCUCUCCCAGGGAUGAUGGUGACUGCCAUAUUGGCCAAUGGCCACCCCAUGACAGAAACUCCCUUCUGUGUGUUCCCACAACUGCCUUUUUGCCCCUGGACACAUUGGGAUGCCUUGGGAAUAGAAAGAAGCCAUCUGUGACCAUAAGCCUUGGAUCUUGACCUGUUUAUAACCUGAGCUAUUUUCCUGUGGUCUCCGAGUUGUAGGGCUUGUAGUGAGGUGUGGGGAACCUUGCUUAGCAACAUCAGAGCUGUCCCAAUUCUGGACAGCCACAGACAGGAGGGGAAAGCUGGGGCAGCCCAGGAAUGUCUAGACUCUCUAACCAGAGAAGGUUAGAGGGAGAAGCCAGGUAGUAAUGACCAGACCCUGCUGGGCCCUGCUAACUGGAGAAGCAAGCCAGAUCUAGCAGGCAGCCAGAACUGUUCCAUGUUCUAUUUUUGACUCAAGCUACAGCUGCUGUUCUUUCUUAGGACAGCCAAGCCUUGCUGGAUUCCUGAGUUUCAUGCCUGCUUGCUGAGAGGGGUUCACUGAGGUAGGAGGGAUGAGAGUCUGGGUAUUUAGCAAUCUGAGACCAAACCCCUGGUUCUGCCUCCCUGACCACAGUCUUUACAGGACCCAGAGUGGGAGUGGGAGCUGCUUCUCAUCACCGUCCCCCCACCCCAACUACAGCCCCCAUUCCUCCAGAGCCACCACAUUCUUUCUGAGUUGGGCUGAGGGCAGGGCCACCUUCCCUGCAAUUGGCUCUGCCUUCUAGUCCCUGAGGUUAAACUGUGCCUGUCCUGCUGCCUUCAUGUGACAGAGGAGCUUUUCUGGAAUUUCAAGCAAUUGCUCUUAGUCAUAGGCUAGAUUUAAACCUGAAACGGAUAGACUAAAAGCCUCCUUCCUGCCUGGAGGGCAGUGCCCUCCAUAGGGCACAGUGCAGAUCCUCAAGUCAAAGAUAUCCCAUUCCCUAAGCCACACUGUUAGAAAGUGGAACAGGGAUGGUAUACUAUCUCCCAAACUGAGAAGGCACUUUGAGACCAGAAAACAAAGCAGGUGACUCCAUUCAGUUUACACAGAAUUUUAUUCAGGGUAAUGGACUGACAGAAUAGGGUGGGGGAUGAUCCAGGCACUCUACACAGCUAUUCUCCACAAAGUCUGGACCUUAGUCCACAGAUUUUAUACAGCCAGGGAACACACAGAAGGGCAUUAUAGUAAGAUCAAAGGGUUUGCAUGCACCUAAUUGACAGCUAACCUUUAAUUAGAUCUUGUGGCACCACCUGUUCAUCAGGAAGAGGAAAGACUGUGUUCUAACAGAUUCAUGGGAGGCUGAAACAAGCCUCCCCCAAUACCAGCCUUGGAAGGCAUGUCUAAGGUACGUAUGUUAAUCUCCGAGGGGCCCAGAACACGUAUUCCCAAGAGAGGUCAUCAAGUGAACACGAACAAGAUGGAGGGCCAAAAAUGGAGUCUAUAUUGUCAGCACUCCUACACACGGCCCUCAUUCCCUCUAUUUUCACCAGCCUGUGCCUUGUUUGAGUCCUUUUUCUCAGUGAGAUUGCCACGAGAUAAAGGGGCUGCUGUUUCCUUCCCAGGCUGGAGAUACCCCACCACUCCCCAUCCCCAAAAAGCAGCCAAAAGCCUGGCACCCUGCGCUCAAGACCUUGCCUGAGAAGAGGUGUGUGCUAAGCCCAGGGGAGGGCGCUCAGGGGCAAGGUUUGCACUCCACCAUGGUGUGACACUGCCCUGCACUCUGCAUCCUGACCUAAAGCCAAACCAUGGAUGCCCUGCCUGGUCUGCCACCAGCCCAAGGCCCCAGAGUAGUCCAAAGUGGCACCAGAGUGCAACAGUGUAACAUAGCGACCUCACUGCCAUGUGGUUUUUCUUCCCUUCCCCAUGCCAAACUCAGCCUUUCUGGAAGGAGGCUCUGAACAACAGAGGCUGAGCAGGGACUGGGAAGUCAGAUGGCAGGGCUUCAGAGCAGAGGGUCUGGCCCAGGGCCAGCCAGCAGAAGCUGGCUGCCCUUUGCUCUGAACACUCCUGCUGGCAUACUUGCUCAUUCAGUCAGAUCCACUGGCUCUGCUCUUCCAAAGGAUGCUUAUAGCAAGCAGCAUCCAGCACCACUUCACCAAGAAGGGGACUCUGCCUCCGGGCUUUGCAAUGACCAGACUCUCUCAGGGUUCCCCUGGGGGUAUUUCUUCUGGCUGCUGUGUCCUGCUGAGUGUACUCUGGCCUCCACAGGCACUGAACUCUACAGGGACCGGGGAGAGCUAGCUCUCCCCUGAGAAGCACUUGCUGAGCCUCUGCUCCUUGCCCUGCUCUUGCCCCGGCCCAGCUGAGAGGGAUACCCAGAGGAAGGCAGGCUGGGGCAAGCAGCUUUGGGAGAGGGCUUUCCCCAUGGAUCCUGAGUUCUCCUGAGCCAGAGCUGCUGUGGCAGGAAGCUGUGCACCCUGUACAGUAGAUGCUUCCCUCACCUGUGGUGUGGUAGGUCUUGUGCUGAGUCCACAGGCAGAGCUGGAACCUCCAGUCAAGGCUGGCUUUGGACAGACUGGCAUUUGGAAGAAUAUGCACAUAGUUAUUUUUCUCUAGGUGGUUUCUUGUUAUUUUGUUUGAUUGAUUUGCUUUUGACAGCUUUGUUUUAUUUUUGAUGCCCAAAAAUGGCCAUGUAAACUAUUUCUGAUAAUUUUAUGUUUCUAUUUAUGAAUAAAGAAUGCCAUUUCUCAUGCCCUCUAGAA